CGCACCCCUGUUUUUCAAAGUCAGUCUAGGUUAGAAACCUCGCGUGACUUUACAAGAUCAAUAGCGUGCGCCAUCUCGCACAAGAUUUUGAUAUUAUGAGGAUCAGCAUUAAGAAGGAUGGACGGCUUCGGGUUCCGAAACAGCAUUCGUCUGGACAUAGCACGCGGAAGAUGUGGGUCGUGUCAUGACUAUGUGAGAGUCUGUGCACCUCAUUUCUUGUUUCUCAAGAAGCAGCCGGGCAAAGCGCAGAGCGCGGUCGAAGUCCUGCUGCAUGCCGACUUCCAAGCUCUGCAGCAAAGUGUCCACGAUGGCUGUCAACUAUAUCCAUGUUGGUCCCUGGCCUUGUUGAAUGGCAGCGCGCCGCCAGCAAUGCUACGUCGCAUCCAGGAAUGUGAAUCGCCAGAAUUUGCCACAUCUCUCAUCACAAUAUCUCAAUCGCGUAUAAAACCAGGUGUCGUCAAGGUGGCCGAGAUACAUUAUUUUCGGAUAUUCAAUCCUGAAAUGAAAGCACCGAUGAGAAAUUCUUGGUACUUAUGGGACCAAGGCCAGGAGAUGAGGUGCAAUGGGUUCUGGAAAGAUUGCAGUCAUGUCACAAGGAUCGCAAACUUUGCUCUGGCCUCAGAUCUUCUCAAAUAGCUCCGGAUCGACCUUUCCAUUUCAGAGAAGAUAUAUCGCAGCUUGUACCACUCGUUGAUAGCUCUACACU